CGCGCCAACCCGCCCUACUGCCGCAGCUAGCAGCCUGCCGCCACCGCCAGGUUGUGCCCCAGACUGUCAGAUAAAGCAGCGGGCCGGGCCCGCGGGGCGGUGAGCACGGCCCGGGCCGGACAUGGCGGCGCUCUACGCCUGCACCAAGUGCCACCAGCGCUUCCCCUUCGAGGCGCUGUCUCAGGGGCAGCAGCUGUGCAAGGAAUGUCGGAUUGCACACCCAGUUGUGAAGUGCACCUACUGCAGGACUGAGUACCAGCAGGAGAGCAAAACCAAUACAAUUUGCAAGAAAUGUGCUCAGAAUGUGCAGUUGUAUGGAACGCCCAAACCUUGUCAGUAUUGCAACAUAAUUGCAGCAUUUAUUGGCAAUAAAUGCCAGCGUUGCACAAAUUCAGAGAAGAAGUAUGGACCACCAUAUUCUUGUGAGCAGUGCAAGCAGCAGUGUGCGUUUGACAGGAAAGAUGAUAGAAAGAAGGUAGAUGGGAAAUUGCUAUGCUGGCUGUGCACACUUUCAUACAAACGUGUUCUCCAGAAGACCAAAGAGCAAAGGAAGCACCUGAGCAGCUCUUCUCGUGCAGGCCACCAGGAGAAGGAACAUUACAGCCGCCUGAGUGGUGGUAGCCAUUAUAACAGCCAGAAAACACUUUCUACAUCUUCAAUUCAAAAUGAAAUCCCAAAGAAAAAAUCCAAGUUUGAUUCAAUCACAACAAAUGGAGACAGCGAUGCUUCCUCUUACGAGCUGCUUUGUCCUAAUAUCCAGAGUGCCCCGUCCGUGUUGGUGCAGUGGGCCACUUCCCAACAGAGUCUUGGGGCCAACCAUUUUCCUGUUCCUCCAGGCCUGGGCAUCUUGAACUUUUCCCCAGACCUGGCUCUGGAUUCACCUGGCACUGACCACUUUGUCAUCAUUGCUCAGCUGAAAGAAGAGGUAGCUACUCUGAAGAAGAUGUUGCAUCAAAAGGAUCAAAUGAUCUUAGAGAAAGAAAAAAAGAUUACCGAGUUGAAGGCUGAUUUUCAGUACCAGGAAUCUCAGAUGAGGGCAAAAAUGAACCAAAUGGAGAAAACGCACAAAGAAGUCACAGAACAAUUGCAGGCCAAAAAUCGAGAACUCCUGAAGCAGGCAGCUGCCUUGUCCAAGAGCAAGAAGUCCGAAAAGUCAGGAGCUAUUACCUCUCCAUGACAGACUUCAGGAGGCUCUUCAGCAACAGAAGAUGGGGUCAUCCUGGGUUAUGGUUGGAGACCUGGCUGUUCUCUGGGAAUUGCAAACUUUCUUAAGAAUCUCUAUUUUAUUACAGUUAUCCUUCUUUGUGUGAUUGCAGUGAGCUGAAUGGAAACAUCUAGUUUGUGCUGUGUUAUGACUGCAUGCUUGAGUGUUUGGGAUUUCAGGUUCAAUCUCCUCUUUCUCUCACACUACUCCUUCUAUGCUUUUCUUCCUCUUCUACCAUCUCUUCCUCUUUUCUUCUCUCUCUUCCCUUUUCUUCCUUCUAUCCCUUUCUUCCCUUUCCUAUUUCUCUAUGUAUUUUGGUUCUACUCUUUGUUCUUUUGUGGUGGUCACUGCUCAGUGUUAUGUGCAGAAUGAUUUUUUAUGUCCAUCCUUGCAUCCUGCCAUACCCAUGAGCAAAUAGUUUGGCAUUAAUUGUAUAUCACUGCCACCCUCUAACUUUAAAAACUGCCACCUUAAGACUUGGUACAAUGAGAGAGGCUUUCUCUCUCCAAUAAAUCUUUUGCUUCAGGGUAUACUCUUGGGUUUUUUUCCAGGUAUAUUAUGUAUGAACUUUGUACUAUGUAUAGCCAGAGUUUUAUUUAUUUUUUAAAAAAAAGAAACUUUUUCUUGAUAAAAGAAUAAUGGUAGCCUAGCUAGUUGUUCUUGUAAAAGCGAUGCCUCUUGGGGGAAAAAAAAGUCCUAUUCUCUAGCUUUUAGAAAAUGCAUCAGAUAUUUUCUUUCUUGUUAACUUUAGAGUCUUAAAAACCGAUUACCAAGGUAAAAUAAUUUCAAUGUACAUGUAUGGAGUUAAGUGCCUUUUAGAGGAUUUCUUGGAAGAUCAUUUAAGGAGAUACUUAAGGGAGGUUGCAAAGAUUUUGAACAGUCUGUCUUUUUAAGUAAGGGCAGAAAGAAAGGUUGUCCAGGUUGUACUGGACAUUUCCCUCCCCCACUUCCUUUAUUCUUUUAGGUAAUUGAUUUUAAAUUCUCAUACUGCCACUUCUUUUAAAAAAAAAAAUACCCUUUACCUAUAUAAGUUGUUAUACUGGGCUAUUAUUGUCAGAAAACAUUUAUUAUUAUUAUUUUUUUUUAUUAAACGGAGCAGAUUCAAAAUGGUUCAACUAUAGGACAUUCUGGGAUCAGUACAAACUGCUCAAGUAUGGACUAUUAGUCCAAAUGGGAGAAAUAAUAUCAUUGUACUUUCUUCCUAUUUCUCUUCACCCACCCCAGCCUGUAUACUCCCUGCUUUUAAUGGAAAGGUAUUGAAUACAUGUGCUUCUCAGAAGCAGUUUGGCGUCAGCCAGAGAUAUGUGUGGCCUGUCUUCCCUUCUUAUCCCAAUAGGCACAUGGAUUCACUUUUCUAGGAAAGGGAUAGACAUGUAUUUCUAGCUGUACUCUCAGGUACUCUAUGUGGUCUUUUUAAAGAAGUUGGGGAUGUGUGUAGUAUAUGCUGUGAAGUAACAAAAUCAACAACCCUGGAAUUAUUAAUGCAGGGGGGUACUAGAGUUAAAGGUAAUGGUGAGGGCAGAUGACAUUUGUAGUCUCAGUCUACCAAAAUUGUAGCAGUAAAUUUAGCUUGUUAAAAGCAGAUGUUCUAUAAUUUGUGAUAGCAUUCUCACAAGUGGAGCCAUGCACAUAAUUGGACAGAAAUGUGGAAAGGGUGGCUUCCUUCUGCUAAGAGAUACAGUGGACCAUGUGGCUUAGAUAUCGCCCUGGUAGGGGAUGUAAUUUUCCCUUCUAAGCAAGGGGAACAGCAGUGCUAAAUAGUUUUGUAACUUUUUGAAUGAGAAGCUUUUAGGUAAACUGUCAGAUAAUAUUUUUUAGAUGUAUUUGCAUUGGCUAUGGGGAAAAGAUUGAGAAAAAUGACAGUCAUUUUUUUUUUAAAUUUUAAAGACUGAGAAACUCUGUUAUCUGAAGUAUGAUAAUAUAAAAACAUUUAGUUUUAUACUAAAUCUUUUUUUAAGGUCUUGGCAUUUAAUAUAAAGCAAACCCACACAUUUUCUAACUUUCCAUAAGUUCUUAAAAGGGAAAGAAGAAUCCUUAGUCUUGAAAUUUUAAUUUUUAAAAAUCAUGACACUGUUUUGCCAUGAAAUUGAGUAGCUAACUUUUGGUAACACCUUUUGUUUCUUUGUAUGUUUGUAAUAAUGGACAUUUUAAAACACAGGAAUGUUUUGGUUUGUACAGACUUUGACAAAUGUGUGUUAAUAAAAAUUCAUAUUGACUCAA